GGGUAAAUUAUACAAACAACGGCUUUUAUUUUAAAAAAAAAACAACAACAACAAAAACAAACUAAAGGCUCCAAAAGGUUCAUAGCAUUAACUAACUACAUUGAUAAUUAUAGCAACGAAAGGUCCUUACAAGGAUUGUAAGACAAACGUGUGUAUGUGUGUGUGUGUGGCAGAAAAGGGGAUGGGGGGAGAGUUCCGCUCUUCUUUCACUGCUCCAUCCGGGAACCUCUGAAUUAGCAUUGACAACCGAAGCGCAACUUUUUUUCCCCAGGCAAAGUGAAAUCCAGCCGCGGACUCGGACAAAAAUAUAGUCCCCCCGAUUUCAGUUCUAAAUGAGCGAAAGACAAAACAUAUCGACGAAACAAAUCUCCCACGGCUUCAAGUUGUCUCCGGUGGAGUGUUUGUGUCCGGGUGGCGGUGUGUUUGCGCCGUGUUUGGAGCACUUUGUGUAGUGGCGUGAAGUGAAGUGAACGAUGAGUCUUGUUGCCCAGUAAAGAAGAGAGAACUUGCUUUUGGCAGCGCGAGGAGUUUCUUCUUUCCUACAUGUUCAUGUCGCUUUUUUAACACCAAAUAAACCCGCAGCUCGGAGCACGCAAACUUCACAACGCAGCGAAAGUGGAAGAAAAGUGAUUUUGAAGUCGGAACAUGGAACUACAAGGCCUUCAAGAGGCGUUGAAAGUGGAAAUCCAAUGUCAUCAGGACGGAGAGCUUAAGAAACAACUACACGAAAGGCAGAGCAGAGUAACAGCCCUAAGCGAAAAACAAAAGCUAGCUGUAAGAAGUUGUCCUGUGGGGACGCCGGCCAAGACGCCGCUCUCCCUCAUCAAGCCUCCCAGCCAGAGCAUCGCCAUCUCUGUGGUGCCAGCCAAGGCACCUGUUUCCAUGGUGACCGCACACAUUAACGGACAAAAGGCGGCGAACUCUGAUGCGCUGCAGACGUCCCCCAUCAACCUGCAAACGGCCAACCGAGCGCACAGACCGGGGGAGCUGUGCCACUCACAGAUGCUGGGAACACUCACAGCAGUGCCCAUCAAGGUGCCUCAGGUCAGCUCUCUGCAUCGGCUGGCAGGGCAGUCGUCCACUGUGCUACCUCAGGUUAGGCCAAAGACUCUGAUCCUGGACAGCCUUCCCCACAGCCCAUGCCAGGAGCAGCAGUCCAGCCAGCCACUGAGCCUGGCACGUGGCACUGCUGUGCUCAGCCCCAAAAGCCAGGGACUUCGUCCCUUCAGCCCAGAGAGGAUGUCCAGCGGCCAGAGUGAGAUCACGCCACCUCCCCUGCCCGUGCCCAGUGUCUCCACAGCCACGUCCAGCCCUGGAGUUGCGUACGCCAUCAUUUCCUCCACCUCACCCGCAGCCAACGGAGUGGCAGCUAUGAGCGAGGCAGUGAAAGUGCAACCACUGAUCUUCAGCCCAGACAGCAAGGUGAUUAUAAUCCAGCCACAGAUCCCUAGCAGCUCUCAGGGUUCUCUAGGCCCCCAGGCUGAGAUCCCCUCUCAGGAGCCCAGGCUUGCCCCCUCCCCCACACACAAGCCCAAUAAAAAGGAGGAAGACCCAGAGAAAAUUGCGUUCAUGGUAGCACUCGGCCUCGUCACUACAGAACACUUGGAAGAAAUCCAGACCAAACGACAGGAGAGGAAGAGAAGAAGUACGGCGAACCCUGCAUACAGCCUGUUUGAUCCAGAGCGUAAAAGGCUUGCAGCAAAUUACCCGAACAACCCCCUCUUCCUAUCAGCCAGAGACUCUGAGGAUCUGUGUUGGAAGGAGGAGCUGGAGCAUGAUGACCAUUGUGCUGUGUGCAAAGAGGAAGGGAAUCUUCAGCAGUGCCAUAGUUGCACUCGCGCUUACCACCUAGACUGCUUACACCCUCCACUCAAAUCCCCACCCAAGGGCAUGUGGAUGUGCCCUAAGUGCCAGAAGAAGGUUCUGAAUAAAGAAAACUUGUCUUGGCCACAUAAUUUUGUUCAGUCUUAUGUCACACACAAAACAGUGAGAGAGGAGGAGAAGAGAAGAUUGAUGAGGAGGAACAGUGAGCUGAAGAAAGAGUGUGCACACUUGAAAGAAGAAGACCAGAGACUCAACAAAUCACUCUUGAAAUGCAGAGACGUAAAGGAACGUCUGCUGAGUCAGCAGAGGGAGACUCAGGCGUCUCUGGAGCGUCUCCGAGCCCUAAUCCGCCUCAUCCAGCGUGAUCACAUGAUCCAGGUCACCAUGACGGCCACCACCACCACUUCAGGGGGUGCAGCACUGCUCUCUUUGCCCUGGAUCAAACCAAACUCCACCAGCAGCACGAGCAGCUCCACAGCACCCCCUGCAGGGCCCUCCACACUGCUGCACAAGAGUGUGCUGCACUCCCAGGGCAACAACUGAACCCAUUGCAGGCAAAAACACUUUAUUCAUAACAACAUACGUGCAUUUCUUUUACCACACGGCACUUCCCGAGCUUAACGAGAGAUACUCACAAUGGAAGCUGGAGAGUGAAAUCUGGCCAAUGUGGGUUCCCCCCCAAGAGCUGUAUUGUCUUAAGGAAAAAAAAAAAAUCUAAAA